AUGGUGUUGGACUUACUGCUACCACAUCAUGUGCGUCUGCGCGCUGAAGUUGAGAGCAUGCUGGACUUGGAUCUACUGAAGCAGCAAGUGGAAAACAAGUGCCUGGAUGUGCAACCUCUUUUUGAAAAUAUCAUCGGGCUGCUGCGUCGACUUUGUGCACCGUCACGAGAUGAACUUUUAAAUAAUUUGUUAACAAAAUCGGAUAAAGUCGAUAUGCUAAGAGGUAUAUGUGAUGUUAUUGAAAUCAUGAAGGUGGAUAUGGCCAAUUUCUAUGUGAAUAGUAAUCGGUCCGUUGUUGAGCAACAUUCUAUUGAAUAUGAACGAAUGCAAUUCGCAAAAAUUUUGCAAAGAAACCCAGAUCUGGAAGUCUCGAUACUGGAGUGGCUGAAAAGACAUCUAAUCACCGACGAACUGCCAUCAUCAGCCAAAAAACGCUUCGAGCUUAUUAUAAGUACCAGCUGUGUACUAGUUUCAUGCAAUCUUGCUGGUAAGGACGUCGCACAGGCAAGGAAUUUCAAAUCCGAUCUUUCCAGUGCUGUAAUUGUGAUCACAAAUGACAUGAACAAGAGCAACAUGAAGGAUCGCCUCGAAGCAGUAUCUGUUUACUGCGAUGAUAAAAUAUCGAAGUGUUGCAAAACGUUAAAUACCAAGUGGUCGGAGGAGCAGUCCAAUGAAUUGAAGGAACAGAUUGCGCAAAUUGCCGACGCUGAGAACCGCAUCCGUAAACUUAUUCGUGAGUUGUAA